AUGUCGGGAGCUGCGACACCAUAUGCGCCUGCCUCAGCGCGAGCCUCAGUUGCGCCUACAGUUCCUCAAACGCCAGCUCUGCCGCCGCCGCCUCCUCCUCCUACCACGAGCACCCCGACUCUCCCUCCGCCCUCGACGUUUGAUAUCCUCCCUGACCUCCACAAGCUCCUUAAGCGCAUUCUUGAGACGCCUGCUCAGCCACAAGCUGCCACGCCAACCCCUGCACAGCUUGCCGCAGAGGGGCCUCUCGAGAUCCAACACGUUGCGACCGCAGCGAACGACAUCCGCCUCAAGAUACAAAAGGCACGACGCGCAGUGGCGGCCUUGCCGGACAUGGAUCGCACAUGUGAGGACCAAGAAGAUGAGAUUGAGCACCUGGAAGCGCGUAUUGCGCGGCUGAAAGCUUCCUUGAAGGAGCUCGGUCGGCCGGUCGCUCAAGCAGAGGAUGCAGACGGAGACCAGAGACGCAUCUCUUGCCCACGGCUCGUGAUGGUUCGUCAUCAAGACAAAGCCGAAGGACCGAGUGCUGACGCUCCAAACAUACGCGUUACAUGUCUUUUUAAACAGGACGUAGUAUCUGCCCAAGUGUCUUCGUAUCGUAUCACGCGUAUAACAAUUAGCGUCAUGUAG